AUGAGCCAUGGAGUUGACCAUUCAGAUGCUUCAAAUCAGCCGGGAUAUGACCAAAGACACUCGUAUCCAAAUGGGUUUAGAGACACCUUGGAUGCUCAAGAACGGCACCGUGCUCUUCAAAGAGAAAGAAAAGAGAAACACGAAGAGUACAGAAGGUUAAUGAGAAACCGACAGGGGUCGGAACCUCUUGAAGCAGAGGAUUUCCCAAUCACAGGCGAACGAAGUCGCUCUUCGACGGAGUUUACCUCGAUUGUCGGAACUUCCACGGACGUUGUUCCUCAAGAAGCCGCAGUAGGGGCCUCACUGGAAGAUGGGAGAGGUACUUCAAAACCUCAAAAUUCAAGCCCAGAACAAUCGCAAUCUUCAAGCGUGGCCCCAGGCUUACGCUAUUCCAGGUCGGCGUUUGAUAUCAUGGGAGCUGCUAAUCGGGAGUCCCCGCCAGCUCACAAGAAACAAAAGGUUACGGGUAUACUUGGGAUCGAAUUGAGCGAAGAGAACAUCUCAGAUCGGUCGACAGUCUCUCCGUUGAACGGGAAAAUUAAUAGUAUGAGGCUCGAGACGCCGAAUACUUCGAGAAUAGAGGAGCUGGAUGAAGAAUAG